CAAAAGCAGCAAGGCUACAAUAAUUGCUUCUUUCCGUCUCCGGAAGCUAGUGUUAUUAAAACCCCAAACCUAUCCCUUUGCUUGGCAUUGUAAACUUCCCCCCGGGCGUUGGCUUCCCUCCCUCCUCACUACUCCCUUGCUGCAAAUGUCACAAAUCCAUGCAAAAUCUCCCAAACACUGUGCUAAUAAGCAAGGAUUGGCAGUUGACAAAUUGAAGUUCAACAAAAAGCUCUUCUACACCUUCUCCACAUUCCUCCUCUCUCUUUCAGCGCUCAUCUUCCUCAUCUGGCUCGUUCUGCACCCCUCCAAACCUCAAUUUUCACUCAAAGAAGCUGAUAUCUAUCAACUAAACCUCUCAGGUCCACACCUUCUCAACUCUUCCAUUCAAGCUACUUUACUGUCCAACAAUCCCAACAAAAAAGUUGGUAUUUACUACGAUAUUCUACAAGUGUAUGCAUCCUACAAGGGCCAACAAAUCACUCUGGAUACUUCUCUUCCACCGUUCUAUCAAAGCCAUGAAGAGAGCAACCUCCUUUCAGCGUCUUUGGUCGGGAAUGGACUACCUGUGGCUCCUUCUUUUGGCUAUGAGGUAGGACGCGACCAAUCUGCUGGGAAUCUGCUACUGAAUCUCAAGGCAAAUGGCCGUCUCCGGUGGAGGGUUGGAACUUGGGUUUCCGGGAGGUAUCGUUUCAACGUAAAUUGUAUAGCCAUCAUGCCUUUUGGUCCCUCCUUGCCAACUGGCCCUCUCAGCACAAAGCAAGGAACUCAGUGUUCUAUCACCCUCUGAACAAGGACUGCAUAUCUAUCAAGCCUGCUGCCUGCCUACUCUGUAAAGUUUUCCUUUUCAAGCUCAUAUGGAAUCGACCACGUCAUCUGUUACUGGGAAGCACAAUGAGCACCCUCGUGCCCGACUCUUUUAACUUUUCUUGCUUCAAGUUUUGGUUUGCAUUUUGUAAGUAAAUAGCUUUGAAGUAUUUGUGGAUAUAAUUGCUUGUUACGAAUUAGGUGUGACAUGAAGCAAAAGUAAGAAUUGAUCAAUAAUAGUCCCACUAUUCAGUUAUGUACGACGACAAGGGAAAAACGAAGACUAGAUACAUGGCUUUCUUAUCAUUCAUCAUCCUCAAUUUUUCUCAUUCCAACUUGAGACGAUAAAGAUGCUAUUAAAUGUAAUUGGCACGUCUGAAGUGGGAAAGGUUCAAGUAACAAUUUAAAGUAACAAUCUGGUUCCGCUAGUUCAUGCGUGGACGACUGUAUACAUUCGCUCCUACAACUUGUCUGCACUUUUCUGGGACCAAAAAAGACGCAAAAGGGAGCAGGAUAUGCAGCAAAGACGAGGAGCUUCCACUUUGAAGAAAAGGAAUACAUCUGACCCAGAACAGAAUUGGCUUAACGAAUCUUCCAAUUACCAAACCAACCAUUCCACGGCCAAUGAUGGUUCCUAAGAACAUUAUCCGCAGCGUCAUCACUCGUCAAGGAUCUGUCGUGCUUUGAUCUUUAUGCCCUCUUCCAGGUCAUUCUUUAAUCUUUUGUAAUCCUGUGUUCUGACAGAACUUCCAUGAUUGUAUCUAUUGGCCUAAAGUCAAGGCAUCAGAAAUAUUUCCUAUAAAAAA